CUACACCAUCUCUUCCUUCCUGCUCGCGCUGAAUGUCCGUCAUAGAGAAGUAGGCACGAAUAAUAAACAUACACCUGUGAGUGUGUGCGUGGAAGACCCAGCACGAUAAUGACGCUCCCCAACACUGUAACCGGGCUGUUUUUAAUGUUCGCGUGGAUUUACCCGAGUCACGCACUUUAUUUCCACAUCGGGGAGACGGAGAAGAAAUGCUUCAUUGAGGAAAUUCCCGACGAGACCAUGGUUAUUGGAAAAUACAGGACUCAGCUGUGGGACAAGCAGACCAAUUCCUUCCUCCCAGCCACCCCAGGUCUUGGGAUGCAUGUGGAGAUCAAGGAUCCAGACACAAAGAUUAUCCUCUCUCGUCAGUACGGAUCAGAUGGACGGUUCACCUUCACCUCCCACACUCCAGGAGAACAUCAGAUCUGUCUGCACUCAAACUCCACCAAGAUGGCUCUGUUUGCCGGUGGGAAACUGAGAGUGCAUCUGGACAUUCAAGUUGGAGAACACACGAACAACUACCCUGAGAUUGCAGCAAAGGACAAACUCACCGAGCUGCAGCUGCGAGUCCGACAACUUCUGGACCAAGUGGAGCAGAUCCAGAAGGAGCAAAACUACCAGAGAUACCGCGAGGAGCGCUUCCGCAUGACAAGUGAAAGCACCAACCAGCGUGUCCUGUGGUGGUCCAUCGCUCAAACACUUAUCCUCAUCAUCACUGGGAUUUGGCAGAUGAAGCACCUGAAAAGCUUCUUUGAGGCCAAGAAACUAGUGUAGUGUGUAAUGUCUGAGCACGAGCGGCACCAGGAAACGCAGUUAAUGACUCACAAAGACAAUGUUGACUUGAGUGGGACAGAGACACGUCUGGGGUGCAGGGACGCAGAGACAUCCAGGAACAGACCAACGGACUUACUAUCAGCCACAAAUGGUACGAGCAAACUCCCAGGAGCAGUUAUUAUCUGAGUCUGAGACAUUGUUGUGUUGUUUUGUGAGCAGCACACAUUCCUGUUGCCUUUUAUGUUUUCGUUUCGACAACAUUGGACUGUACCAUCAGUUUUCUAUCUGCCGGUGAAAGAAGACGACGCAGAGACACAAUUUAAGUAAUAGUCCGUGAACACGUUUUUAAAUCUUGGUUAUUGAACAAGAUUCAUCCUCUUCACAACCUUUUAGGCCUCGGUUUAGACUGCAGCCCAAAUCGAAUUUUAACCCUUCUGUUACCAAUCCUGUCGUCGUGCGUCUCAUUACCACAACUCCUAAACUGUUUGUGAUGGAGAAAACUCAAAAACUGUGGACUGGCCAUCUGUCCAUGGUGUGACCCCGCCUAAGCGGUAGAAGAUGGACGGAUGGAUGGAUGGAUGGAUACCAGAAAGCAGAGAAAUGGAGCUUUGCGCACAUAUACUUGUCAUUACGGUAGAACCUCAGGACUUCCCAGCGUUUGUGACGUCAGCUUCUCCGCACUGUAGUUCCUAAACGGUUGAAUAACUGGGAAAAAGGAACGUUAUCAUGAUGAUCAGUCAAACUACGUACUGAGGUGGUUUUGUUACAGAUCCGUUUCAGUCUGGAUUUCAGAUAAGAAGUGUCUUCUGCGUCACUCACAGCGCGGCUCGAAUGACGACAACAACGACGUAGGUCUGGAGAGACGGACGUGAAUCGAAGGAAACAGGCACAGAUUUCUUGUCGUCCAUUUUGUUUUAGACUACUUGUUUUUCCCAGGGCGUGGUCUAACUACACAAACCCACGAGGAUUAGACUAGACUAGAAGAUUAGAUUCUGAUCACAUAUGCGUACAAAUCCGAUCUGGGCUGCAGUCUAAACAAAGCCAUCGAUAACUAAACUUGUUUGGGAAAAAAAAGUAUGUUGUGAGUGUUUUGAGGGCGGAGCUUUGGCGAUGGAAUGGACAGGAGGGGGCGGGGUGUUGCUUUAUUUUUUGAUCCCAGACAACUUUGUUCAUCAACGACUAUUUGUAACGUGAAGAGGAUUUCAACAUUGUUUUUACAUCAUACAGGAGUGAGUGACUGCAGCAGUGGACGAGUAAUAACCAAGUCAUUCAUUUUAUUUAGGGAUGCACAUGAACACCGUUCCCUUCUUCUUCUCCUUCUAUGCUUGUGUCCUCUAUUAUCCAACUAUUACUUGUUAUUUAUCUUUAUUUAUUUUGCUCAAUGAAAAAGAAAAUGUGCUGCGACACAAGUACGCAAAAUAUUCUCUUCAUUUCAAAUGUAAAAUGUAUGUGUGUGUGUGUACAUAUAUAUGUAUAUGUAUACAUGUACACACACGUGUACAUGUAUAUGUACAUCCAUAUACAUGUAUAUGUACAUCCAUAUACAUGUGCUUCCCUAGAUAUCAAUAUCAUGCACCCGUAGAUUUGACUCCCAGUUUUAUUUCCAUUGUGGUUAAUGUUAAUUUUUGGACAUGUCUUUCUGUUGUAGUCCCACUAGAGCUAAUAUUACACAGACCGUGAUUCAUUACACGUUAAACUUUGCUUAAACGCUGGUAUUUUGAUUGUUUAUAAGCAGUGAAUGAACCCUUAAUAAAUGGUUUAUAACGACCUGUAACACACUGUCGCUGUUGAGUAGCGCGGAAGACGUUCUUUAUUAAUGUUAUUAAUGGAGAAGCAUUUAGAACUGAUAUUUAAAGGUACAGUGUGUCAAAUUAAGCAACAUACACUUCACCUUCCAAUCCAAAUGUGUUGGAGAACCUAAGGAUUGGAGCAUAAGUGGACAGAGUGAACGAGAUCAGAUCACAAAAACCACAUGAGGUGGUGGUUUGAGGACACAUUAAAGACCACCGUGUCCUUUCGCUCUGACCUGCUGCAUUUUCACAGUGAACUAAAUCUAUUUUCUUUGGACAUUUCUCGUACUCUGGUUUAUCUUUUAAAUAGUUUUCGUGAAUAGAGCCUAAAAAAACCCUCAACUCAUCCAUCGUGUGUUGUGGGGCUGCAACGAUUAAUCGAUUGCCAAGUCACACGAUACGUUUUUAGCUGUUUAAAUGUGAAUAUUGUCUGGUUUCUUUGCUCCAUGUGGCAACUGUUCAAUUCUGAACAUCAUCAAGUGGCUCAAACAUGUACUUAAACCAUUAUAGUUCCAGAGUGCUUUAAACUACACGUGUGAAUAUUAAUAUGGUCAAAGCUCAUCAUGUGACACACGUUUCUCACAAAACAAAUUCAGCUCCAUCUUGUGGCCUUAACUGGAAAACAUCGCUUGUUCAGUUGUGCUGGAGGUGGCUAAUGUAAUGCAUUAAAAGUCAUAUUUAUGGUUCACAUGAAGUAUACACACUGCUGUGUUCUACUGUCAGUCCAUUUAUUUACCAGUGACAGAUUCUCCACAGAAAGAUAAAUAAAUGAUAAACAAAUGACUUUCUAGUGUGUUAUAAACCAUUUAUAAUCCGUACAAAUGCGUCUGUAUGUUGUGAAUUCUUUUCUUUCUCAUUUAUUUUAUUCAGUCUGUGAAGUGUCAGGAUCAGGCUGUAAAUAACCGGUCCUGCAUGUUUUCUAAUGCCUUUUAAUAUGAUAUGGACUCAAUGUUUUUAAAUGGUCACGUAUAUUUAUUAUAUUAUAUUGAGCAAACGUUUGCUUGGGCUUUUUAUUGCUUCAUCUUCAAUUCAUUAGUGAGUUUCUCCUUUGGUGUUGGUGGUAGUUUUACAGCAUUCUACAUUCUCCUUUUUCCCUAAUGAGAAAUAAAUGGUUCAAUUUAUGAAGUUUAAGUCCUUUUUUUUUUUACAAGCAACAUAUAGAUUUAAAGCUGCUGUCAGCGUGCGUAACUUUAAAAUACAAGCAAAUGUCAUUUAUUUAUUGCCUCUUUGUUCUGAUUGGAUAGAAUGUUGUGAGUGACCAGAAACAAAAAGACACUUUGACUGACAGCAGCUUUGAGUUGAUUUGUUCACUUGUUACUUAUUGUAAUUUGUUCCAGAUGUUACCUGCAUGUCGUCGUUAUAAUAAAGACAAAUGGCUCCA